UGAUUAUAUGAGUCUUCAUUGGUCUUCAUGAAUUGAAUCACGACUUCCAAUUUUGAAUAACUGUAGUUGUUGUUUCACAAAUAAUAUAUAUAUUGAGCUAACUGCGUUAUAUCUACCCGUAAAUGGAUACAAUACAAACCUCGAAACCGAACUGCUUGAUUGUGUGUAGUUCGUCGUGCGAAGGUGUCUCCGCGUCAUCAUUUAUACAUGCAUUUACGUUGACAAAUUCCACAUUCAAUGUUCAAAUUGUUACGCCACAGGGGCGACAGAUUGAAUACACUAGGUCUGAUGACAGCAGCAAAAGAUGGAUCAAUGAAUUUCGAACGAAAACAAUAUCAGUUCCUGGAAAAUUAGAAAAUAUUCAAGCAUCAAGAUAUGCAGCGAUCCUUAUACCAAGUUCGCCUGGUGCCUGUCACGAUUUAGUGGAUAAUGAUGAAUUAUCAACUCUACUAAAUCGUUUUAUAGAACAAAAAAAACCAAUUUGUGCAGUUGGAUAUGGUGUAGCAGCUUUGUUCUCUGCCAGAGGGGAAGGCGAGAAGUCGCUCUGGAGUUUUAAGAAUUAUUCACUCACUGCACCAUCAUUAUUUGAAGUUGCAAAAACUGAUAACUUCAACACUCUACCUAUAAUUCCGGAAGAUUUUAUCAGGGAUCACGGAGGAACGUAUAGUGCCAGCGAAUGUGAUGCCGUACAUGUAAUAAUGGACCGUCAUGUUAUUACCGGACAAAAUGAUCAGUCAACUCUUUGCGCCGUACAAAAUUUGAUAUUAUUAUGUAACGCAAGACAUGGAAAAACAAAGUCAUAAUGGUAUUAAUAUGCAACAUAACCAGACGUUGUCGAGCCGCUUAAUGAUAACCAGUAAAUUGGUGUUCACCUUCCAUUCGGAUUUAUCAAUACCAUAAAUUUAAUUAUGGCCUGUAAUUACAAACAAAAGACCAGUUUAAAGUUUUAUUUUAAUCAAAAAUAAGAAAAUCUCUGGUUUUGGAACUUCGAAAAAAGAUGUUUUCCAUCCGGACUUCCAGGGAAAUCAAAUCAAACCUAGUAGAAAUAUGCAGCAGGGCUGCAUAAACUAUUCUAUUUUCUGGGACCACAAGGCCAAUAAAAAUAUUUUCUGCAAGAAA